UCAAUCAGCAGCUGGUGGAAAUAUCUCAAUUGUUUCGUUGCAUAAGGGCGACUUGGAGCGCCGACAGUCAGGUUGAGAGGGGAACAGUAGGCGACUUGGGGCGCCGACAGCCAUGUUGAUAGGGGGACGCUAGGCCUUGAGAUACGGCAGACAACUGCAGAAUGAGGUGGUGUGGUCGACUGCUGUGGAGAAUAGAGAGGUCAAGACGAAGUCGACAACGAUUUGCCGCCGUUGUCGUCGCGGGACUGGUGGCUCUGUUUAUCGUGUUCCGUUCAAAGGACCCGUCAACAACUCAAUUUACCCGGUUGAGUAAGAUGCAGAUUAAUCAACAUAAACUGCUGUUCAAAGAACUGAAAACAAAAGAAAAUAUCCAGAGGUCCACAGAGACAUCUCUAUACAAUGAACGUCAAGAACAGGCCCGAAGCGUCUGUGAAUCACAUAACACAUCAAGCUCAUCGUUCUCAAUGGCAACGUUCGUAUCCAGUUCCUGGUUUGCGGAGGAAUACAAACUCUUGUAUUGUUUAGUUCCAAAAGUCGGAUGCACGUUCUGGAAACGAACCUUACAAGUGUUGCGGCGACACGCUCGUGGCCUGAAAACACCGUAUAAACUGUUGUACGAGGAGUGUUCUAGCGGAAGAGUCGGUGCCAUACAAAACAUCAUGGAGGCUAUUGCUAAAGGUCAUAACCUCACAGACAUAAUUUCCCAAAGAUAUACAAAGUUCAUGUUUACAAGAGAUCCAUUUCAAAGAUUAUUUUCGGCGUACAUUGAUAAAUUCCUUACGCCGAAUAUGUCAUUCUGGAAUAUUGGGAAAGUUAUUGUAGAGGACAUUCGCGGGGUUCCACAGAAAAACGGUUGGUACGGACACGAUGUGUCAUUUUCGGAAUUUAUUGACUACGUUCUAACAACAGAGGAUAAAUACCUAGAUAGUCAUUUCAAACCCGCGUCCCAGAUAUGUGACGUUUGCAAUGUCAAGUUUGACGUCAUUGGGAAAAUGGAGACGUUUAAAACGGAUGUGUUCCACAUCAUCAGCACAGUGAAUGCAUCGAACAGGUUCGUCUUUAAAGAUUUCAAAUUAGAGGCAACAAUUGACUCAAUUCUGGAUGUAACUGGAAAGACUUUUCAAUACAGAGAAUAUCUCGAGAGAUAUAUGCCAUUUCAUGACAUUUUACGUAGAAUAUGGAGGCGAUUUAAAAUUGCAAAUAUCUUGGAUUUAAAAGAACAGUUUCCUUUUUCUGAACUGGAGAGUAGAACUGUUACAAUGGAGAAUUUCGCAGAUAUGGUAGUGACAUUACACAAAACGUCCUCGAAACGCAACAGAGGGAGUAGGACUGCAGCUUAUAUUCAGGCAUAUCGGCAGUUAACGGAAUCUUCUCUUGACAAACUGAGAACACUGUUUAACCUCGAUUUCGAAUUGUUUGGCUAUGACAUCACGGGACCUCAUCUUGACGCACUGGAGAGCGAGCUGAAGGAUAGGUCUGCUUUAGAUUAUGAUUAUUAUGACAUUUUAAGUGGAUAAAUUUGUAAUCAUCACGAUAAAUAAAUACAUAACCUAUCGAUGUCUUAAGAAAGGGAAAAGGGAAUGACGUUUAACCCGAUCACAUUCCGCCUCAGUGUGGCCAGUCAUACUUCCGCUUUCUUAAUAUGGGAUGAAUCUGGUAUUAAAGUCAACAUUCGGCGGAUCCUAGCAGUUAAGGGGGAACAACUUAUCACAGCCGGUCGCGACAACUGCGACCAUUGGUAAGUCGUGAUAUCCGGUGAUACUGACAUAAAAAAGACAGAAGCAAUAAUACCUU